AUGACCCUCCAUACAAGAUUAAUAACGGAGGAGGUCAACGACCAAUCAAAGAUAGAACCAUUCCAGGAAGCUCUACACUUUGGUAACAUUACUGAGUACAAUGUUCAUAACCUUUUUGGAUUUUUGCAAUCCAAAGCCACCAGUGCAGCUCUACUCAAUACAACUGGCAAAAGACCAUUCGUGCUCACUAGAUCAACUUUUGUCGGUGCUGGCAAGUAUGCAGCACAUUGGACUGGAGACAAUGCUGCUAAUUGGGAAAAUUUGGCGUACUCUAUUCCAUCGAUCCUGAAUUUUGGACUGUUUGGAAUCCCAAUGGUUGGGGCUGACAUUUGCGGUUUUCUUGGAGACACAAAUGAGGAGCUCUAUGGAAGAUGGAUUCAGCUUGGAGCCUUCUACCCCUUCUCAAGAGACCAUUCAAACAAGGGCUCAAAUCGCAGAGAGCUUUAUCUCUGGGAUUCUGUUGCUGCAUCAUCCAAGAAGGUUAUCGGCCUGCGAUACCAGCUCCUUCCAUAUUUCUACACCUUAAUGUACGAGGCACAUACUAAUGGGACCCCCAUAGCACGGCCUCUUUUCUUUUCUUUUCCUCAAGACAUCCAAACAUACGAAGUCAACUCGCAGUUUCUAAUUGGUAAAGGCGUAAUUGUAUCGCCUGUACUGACAUCAGGAGCAGUUUCAGUUGAAGCCUACUUUCCUGCAGGAAACUGGUUUGAUCUUUUCAAUUACACCAAUUCGGUUCGCAUAGACUCUGGAAAAAACAUCACCUUUGAUGCACCUGCUGAUCAUCUACACGUGCACGUUCGCGAAGGAAAUAUCUUGGCCUUGCAAGGAGAAGCCAUGACAACGAAAGAAGCACGAAACACAACAUUUCAUCUCUUGGUUGUUCUUAGCAGCAGUGGAAACAGUACCGGUCAAGUUUUCUUAGAUGAUGGGGAGAGUAUAGAGAUGGGAGGGGAGGGAAAGAAUUGA